GACUGUUGUUGGGAAUCAAGUCACAAAAUCAAAUGUGAAUUGUGAAGUUCAGAAUUUUUCUUUAUUUUAAAUGCUGUAAUAAUUGAAGCUACCUUAGUAUUUAUAUAAGGUUCUCAGUAUUCGGAAAAGCAAUAUAUCACUCAUAAGUAAUGUAAUAAUGUCCACAACCGACAAACAGUUUUUUGGGCCCCUAACACUGCAUCAAAAGGCGGAUAAACCAAGUGUUUUUAAGAACGACGAUCCAGAGGAAUGUGCCUGUCUUCUUUGUGAUGAAAGAUACCUCUUACCUACUUCUGAGAAGGAUUUGCUUACACAUUUGUUUAUGGAGCACCGUCUCGUUAUUGCCGAUGUCAACCAAAUAGCCGAUCUUCCAAAUUACAUCAAUUUUUGGAAGUCAAGAUUUAAAGAUCAAAACCUGCCAUUUUUCUGUACAACUAUGCUUUUGGAUAACAAACCUGAUGGUACUAAGUCAAAAAAUGAAGAAUACUUCCUACUAAGUGAUGUUUUACCUGAAGAUAAGGAAAUAAGGUCAAAUCUUAGACAAUCAAAACUGGAGAAGCUUUUGGAAAGGCAUGCCUUUGAAAGAGAGGACAGAAACUAUUUAAAGGAAUGUUUAUUCUGUAGAUAUAUCUCAAAUGACACUAGAGCAAACUAUUUGAAUCAUUUAUAUGAAAAACACAAUUUUCACAUUGCUAAGCCAGAUAAUCUCAUAUUUAUUGAUGAUCUUGUAGACUUGUUAUCAACAAAAUUAGAAGGAUUGCAGUGCAUAUACUGUGAAGGGUUAUUUAAAGAUAGGACAAUACUUAAAGAACACAUGCGUAAAAAGGGUCAUAAAAGAAUAAAUCCAGCAAAUAAAGACUAUGAUAAAUUCUUUCUAGUUAAUUAUAUUGGUGAUAAGCAAACUAAACCGAAGUUGUGUAAGCCAUAUACAUCAAAAGUACAGAAGCAAGAUGAUAUUGAUUCAAAUGUUGAUAGUGAUCCUGAAUGGUCAGAAUGGACUGAAGAAGAUUGUCCAUUGAUAACCUGCCUGCUUUGUGAACAUACAGAAAAUGAAUAUGAAAACAUAUUGGAACAUAUGAAAUGCCUACACGAGUUUUCAUUUACAGAAACAACAAAUGGCAUGGAUUUCUACCACAAAGUAAAAAUAGUUAAUUAUAUCAGACGCCAAAUACUUUUAAAGCAAUGUUUAUCAUGUGAUACUAAGUUUGAUGAUCAAAAGAACCUAGAAAAACAUAUUAAAGAGACAAAUCAUUGGGUUCUAAAAAAGGAAAAGUGGGAUCAGCCAGAAUACUACUUUCCAACAUAUGAAGAUGAUUUGUUCCUAUGUUUUAUUCAUGAUGAUGACGAAAGUUGGUGGUCUAGUGAUGAACAGGAAGCUAAUAAAACAAAUAGUAUGUCUGAAAGUAUAUCUAAGGAGAUGGCUAUGGCUGUGCUUAGUGAUUGAAAUGCCAAUUUGUAUCAUAGUGUAUAUAACAACAAGUAGUAUUCAGCCAGCCUUUGAAAUGUUUUUCUAUGCUAUAUAGUUAAAACUAGAGAGGUGCAGAAUGUCAUAGCUUAGAAUUCCUCAGCCUCCAGCUUGCAAUAAGAUAGUGGUUAUAUAAUUGACGAAGAAAUAUUUAUUUAUCAUAAAAACAUGUCAUUAAAAAGCGUUAUUGAUUAUUAAUUGUGAGAUUUAAAAAUAUAUUGCCUAU